GUUUUGAUCAGUAGAAAACGAGUCCAAAUGUCUCUUUCACUGUUAAAGGUUGUCAACCUCCGACCUCAAAGACCAAAAUAUGGCGGGAAAAUGACAAUCAGUAAAAGAUUUGAGUUUGUGACACACAGAUGGUUUCUUCCUGCUGCUGCUUUGACAUGUUGAGUUUGGAGAGUCAUUUCUGAAAGCUUUGGUGGACUUGAGGAGUCAGAGACUUGGAGGAGGAGGAGAAGGAGGAGGGGGUGUUUGAUGCGGUGUACAUGCGGGAGGAGGAGGAGGAAGGGGGGGUUACUCAUCACUCCUAUCACCUGUUGCUCGAAGCUUGUGAUUUGCUGAGACAGAACCAACACUGCGCCCUCCUCAUCCUCCUCUUCACCUCCCCAGAGGAGCAGCCGGAGCCGGCGGCAUCACGAUGGGGCGCGCGAGGAGGAGGCAGCAGCAGCAGCAGCAUCAGCAGCAGCAGCGACAUCACGGGCGUCACGAGCGGCUCCGUCCAGGUGGCGCGAGGAGAACAAGCUGAUCCCGAGGAGGAGAAGGAGGAAGAAAACGGGGGAGGAAAUCCCGCGAGAGGAAACAGACACACGGACAGAGACAGACGGAGGACCUGCAGCACGUGCGGGCGCGGGAGCUCCGAGGAGCAGGAUAAUCUUCAUUUUGGGAGAUUCUUUUUUCUUUUUCUUCUGACGGAGAAGGAGGCUCUCCGCGUGCAGGUGUCCAGAUGAAUCCUAUGACACAGCUGUACUACAAGAAGGCGACGUAUUCGCCGUACCGCGACCGCAUCCCGCUGCAGAUCGUCCGGGCGGAGGUGGAGCUCUCCGCGGAGGAGCGGGCCUACCUCACUGCAGUAGAAAAAGGUGACUAUGCCGGCGUCAAGCACGCCCUCCGCGAGGCCGAGGUCUACUACAACAUGGACGUGAACUGUCUGGAUCCGCUGGGCCGCAGCGCGCUCCUCAUUGCCAUCGAGAACGAGAACCUGGAGAUCAUGGAGCUCCUGCUGGACCACGGCAUCCACACGGGCGAUGCCCUGCUGUACGCCAUCAGGAAGGAGGUGGUGGGUGCCGUGGAGCUGCUGCUGUCACACCGGAGGCCCAGCGGGGAGAAGCAGGUCCCCUCCCUGAUGAUGGACAGCCAGUUUUCAGAGUUCACGCCGGACAUCACUCCCAUCAUGCUUGCUGCUCACACCAACAACUACGAGAUCAUCAAGCUGCUGGUCCAGAGAAAGGUCACCAUCCCGAGGCCACACCAAAUACGAUGCGACUGUGUCGAGUGUGUGUCCAGUUCAGAAGUCGACAGUCUGCGACAUUCCCGCUCUCGACUCAACAUCUACAAGGCUCUGGCCUCGCCAUCGCUCAUCGCGCUGUCCAGUGAAGACCCUAUCCUCACCGCCUUCAGACUGGGAUGGGAGCUCAAAGAGCUCAGCAAGGUGGAGAACGAGUUUCGUCAGGAGUAUGAGGAGCUUUCCCAGCAGUGCAAACGUUUCGCCAAGGACCUUCUGGACCAGGCCAGAAGUUCAAGAGAGCUGGAGACCAUCCUGAACCACAGGGACAGCGACCAGAGCGAGGAGCUGGACCCCAGGCAGUGCCACGACCUGGCCAAGCUCAAACUCGCCAUCAAGUAUCACCAAAAAGAGUUUGUGGCGCAGCCGAACUGCCAGCAGCUGUUGGCCACGCUGUGGUACGACGGCUUCCCCGGCUGGAGGCGGCACCACUGGGCCGUCAAGCUGGUCACGUGUUUUAUCAUUGGGCUGUUGUUUCCUGUUUUCUCUCUGAUCUACCUGUUGGCUCCAAAGAGCGCUCUGGGCCGCUUCAUUAAGAAGCCCUUCAUCAAGUUCAUCUGUCACACAGCGUCCUACCUGACCUUCCUCUUCCUCCUGCUGCUGGCCUCGCAGCACAUCGCCCGCACCAACCUGCACAUGCAGGGACCCCCGCCCACCGUGGUGGAGUGGAUGAUCCUUCCGUGGGUCCUUGGCUUCAUCUGGGCGGAGAUCAAAGAGAUGUGGGACGGCGGCUUCACAGAAUACAUCCACGACUGGUGGAACCUGAUGGACUUUGCCAUGAACUCGCUGUACCUGGCCACCAUAUCGCUGAAGAUCGUGGCGUACGUGAAGUAUAACUCCUCUCGUCCCAGAGAGGAGUGGGAGAUGUGGCACCCGACGCUCAUAGCUGAGGCUUUGUUCGCCAUCGCCAACAUCUUCAGCUCGCUGCGACUCAUCUCGCUCUUCACCGCUAACUCCCACCUCGGGCCUCUGCAGAUCUCGCUGGGGAGGAUGCUGCUAGACAUCCUCAAGUUUCUCUUCAUCUACUGUCUGGUCCUGCUGGCAUUCGCCAACGGUCUCAACCAGCUUUACUUCUACUACGAGACCAAGGCGUCGGAGGAACCGAACAACUGUAAGGGCAUCCGCUGCGAGAGGCAGAACAAUGCCUUCUCAACGUUGUUUGAGACCCUCCAGUCUCUCUUCUGGUCCAUAUUCGGGCUGCUGAACCUCUACGUGACCAACGUGAAGGCCCGCCACGAGUUCACCGAGUUUGUGGGGGCGACCAUGUUUGGAACGUACAACAUCAUCUCUCUGGUGGUUCUGCUCAACAUGCUGAUCGCCAUGAUGAACAACUCCUACCAGCUCAUCGCCGAUCACGCCGACAUCGAGUGGAAGUUCGCGCGCACCAAGCUGUGGAUGAGCUACUUUGACGAGGGCGGCACGCUGCCGCCUCCGUUCAACAUCAUCCCCAGCCCCAAGUCGGUGUGGUACCUGCUGAUGUGGCUCCACAACAAGCUGUGCAGCAGAGGACAGCCGCCCGGGGAGGACUCGCACAAAUGUGAAAACCUGCGCGAGUUCACCGAACGCCAUGCUGACAGCCUGAUCCAGAACCAGCAUUACCAGGAAGUGAUCAGGAAUCUGGUGAAGCGGUACGUGGCGGCCAUGAUUCGCAGCGCCAAGACGGACGAAGGGCUGACGGAAGAAAACUUUAAGGAAUUAAAACAGGACAUCUCCAGUUUUCGCUACGAAGUUCUGGAUCUUCUCGGCAACCGACGUCCUCCCAGAAGAAACUACUCCUCCUCCAGCGAGACAACUAAAGACGAUGGCGCCAUGGCAUCGGAAGACGACAGCGAACUGGGUGAUGGUGGAGGUGGCGGAGGAGGAGGAGGAGGAGGAGGAGGAAGUGCAGGAAUCCCAAAGUCAAAGAGCGUCACCUUCACCAACCCUGUGGAUGACAACAGAAAAUCCGGGCCGACGCUUGGGGUGUCGGCGCUGGUGCGCUCCAUAUCGGGAAUGACAAAGAUAGAAAGAAGGGAUGAGGCAGAGCUGGAGGAGGGCAGCGGCUGGGGGGAGGAGGAGGAGGAAGAGGAGGGGAAACCAAAGAGUAACGGGCUGAAGACGACCGUCCUCCCUCCGUCUUCCACCUCUGUCCUCCCUUCGCCGUCUUCAUCAGUCUCCUCUUCACUUACUUCGUCGCUGGCUCGCACGAGGAGCCGGCUGCAGCGCCUCUCUUCUCAGAGCUCAAAGACUGACUCUUUCAGACGCCUCUCCUACUUGUUCUCUCGGUCCAAGCGCAAAGCCCCACCCACACCACUCCCCCUACAGUCCCCGCCCUCCUACACCAUUUCUGACGGGUUGCUCUGCCCCUUAGGGAGUCACAGCCACUCCGACUUUGGACUCAGCAGCGUGACCAGAAGUGAAACUCACCUGAACGAGGUGGGCCGCUCAGUCGACAACCCAUCGUUCUCGCCUCGGAGAACGAAUGGGCGGGACUCGCUGCUGACCCUGCCCCUCCCGCCCCCGUGCCCCUGCCAAUCCCUGCACUGUGCUUCCAACAUGUCUGAGUCCAGCUCGCGCCUCCUGGACUCCAGCGAGGACGUUUUCCAGGGUGGAGGCGAGGAAGGGGCGCUGGACGACCAUGGGGAUGGAGAAAGGGGCAUGCGUAUGAUGAUGGGUGGGUGGCUGGGACCCUGUGAUGAUGUCAUGGAGGACAGCUGCGAGGUCAUAGAGGACUCUGUUACAACGCAACUAUAGGAGAGAGAUGAUCUACUUCACUGUUGCUGAAUGGCUGUGAGACAGAGAGGAGGGGUUCAAACAUCGCACGGUGGAACUGAAGGACGGAUUCUGGAGUGUUCCUGAGAAUGUGGCCGGUUCUGAAGGAUGUGGCGGUCCUUGUAUUUACACCUAUGAGGACAUAAGAAACCAAGUGUGGCAGAUGUUUAAAGAGACAGUUUGACUAUUUCAGCUAUAGGAAUUUUUCAGGGCUUAUUCAAUGUUUAUACUUCACAUCUAUCCAAUUUCUUAACCUGCUGUAUCCCUUUCUUGGUCCUGGGUUUGCCGGAGAUGAUCCCGGCUACUGUUGGUCAAAGGCGAGGUACACCCUGGACAGGUCGCCAGUCUUUGCUUUACAUUUUCAAUGAAAUAAGGCAUGAAAAGACGAAUAAAGUGACCCACACUUAAUUCCCCACUUAGAUCCUACCCAAGACAUAGAUCCUACUCAAGAUAAAGUUCCUGCUCGAGACAUAGAUCAUACCCAAGACAUAGAUCCUACUCAAGAUGUAGAUCCUACUCAAGACAUAGAUCCUACCCAAGACAUAGACUCUACCCAAGACAUAGAUCCUACCCAAGACAUAGAUCCUACUCGGGACAUGUAUCGUACCCAAAACAUAGAUCCUACCCAAGACAUAGAUCCUACUCGGGACAUGUAUCGUACCCAAGACAUAGAUCCUACCCAAGAUAAAGUUCCUGCUCGAGACAUAGAUCAUACCCAAGACAUAGUUCCUACCCAAGUCAUAGAUUCGACCCGAGCCAUAGAUCCUUUUUUUUUUCAAGUUUUUUCACAAAAACCGAAUUAGAUCCAUUUGUGAAGCAAAUUUUUAUCUCUCUUAAAUAGCAUACAUAUACUCUAUAUAUACGACAUACACGUGUAUUCUAAUGUCAUACUCAUACCCGCCAAUCCAUACCAAUCCAUGUUAGAGCCCAUUUGUUCCUCUUUGUCUUUGGUCUCGUCAGUAGUCAAGAUGACCCACAAGAAUCUGACCCGGGCAUGGAUACUACUGUUUAUCACUACUUAAACAUCAGGCGGCAGAUAUAUUCGUUUUUUAUCCAUCUAUACGACAGUAAAUCAAGUUAUACUACUAUGAAGGCCGAUUUGUUGUCACAGACCUAGAUGUAUGAAUUUGUUGACCCAUCCCUUGGGGGAAGCAGUGAGCUGAAGACAGGAACCAUUUGUUUGGUUUGACUCCUCCAUACCAGCCCCUUAAUACUGUGUGUUAAGUAGGGAGACACUGGGUCCCAUUUCUAGAGUUCUCUGGAGUCUAAAAAUGACUCAGCGGCAGAUUUUAAUUCACAAACGUCCAUUCUCAGGGCAGACACUCUUCCACAAGGCCACAGAGUUGUCUCAAGUUUAGUAACAGAAGUACAGAAUUGAUUACAUAACACCCACUAUUGUGUAUUUAUGAAUAUGAUGCAAUCCAGAAGGUAACAAAUGCUGCAAUCCUUCAAAUGACCACUGAAGGCUGAUUUGGAAUGGGACAAAUUAACCAUUGACUUUCUUGUGAAAAUAUCUCAACUUAACCAAAACAUUUACCCACAUACUGCCUAGUUUAAACAUGUAGUUUAUGUUCAUUAUUUCUGUUUCUAUCCAGACAACUUUCAGGUGAAUUUGUACUUUAAAUUAGCUUUUCUGGUUUUGUCAGAGUUCAUGAGGUGUGUUUUUUGUGAUGGAGUGAACUCGUGCAAUCUCUGACUUAAACUGUGCUCCAUCCCACUUCAGACUCAAUUUUUCCAGCUCAGAAUCAAACAGUUGACGUCAAAUAUGACCUGUAACUGUAUAAUAGCUUUAGGAAAUCAUGUCAUUCUGCAGUGAAGUCCACUUGUUCCAUCCCACCUCCACACAGGGACAACACAGUUUGCCCUUUGGGUGCAAAUUGAACACUAGCUCAUGCAUCGUCAGGUUUGCAUACAGUCAAAACUGCAUUAUUUAAGGAGGAACUGAUUCACCACUGCGCCUCAUGGGGCUCAUUGAAGAAAAGAUUCUGUUAAAAGCUGUAGGAAGUUAUUUGUUUUAGGUCUCCUACUCCAUCAUUAGUCUUUUUCCACCAAUGAAGGAUUUAGUCCAUGAAAAUUAAGUAUUGAUCCAUUUUAUUCAAUGGUAGCUGAAAAUUGUUUACACAAUCAUCAAAAAAGAAAACCGCUUCCUCUUUGGUUGUAGGGCCGGAUCAUUGACUGUAGAUAAGAACUGGCCUUCCAAACAAGAAGUGCUCUUUGGUUCCAAGAAACCAAAAUUUCAUAAACUUCUAUAGAGAAGCAAAUAACUGUUACUCAACCAUUCUAUUUGUCAGUAUAACCAGUUCUGCUCUGAUACUUUUUUUAACAUGUUCUUAAUUCUUUUUCUUUAGUGCAAGUUAUUCAAGUUAGAAAUUCGCCAAUAACAGGCCUCAGUUGGAGUGUCUUUCGUCCACUGCUCGAAACCUUCGACAGACUCUCCCGAGCCCGCUUUCAAGUUAUAGGGGUGUGGCCUCCCAACAAACUCCCUUCUGAUUGGUGGAAGUUGUUACCAUAAACAUUUCGACUCAGACAGACUUGGCCUGAUCAAUUUCUGGUUCCAACAUGGCGCCAUUUGUAUGGUGAAUAAAUGGGAACUAAAUCCUCAUUUCUACUGAGCGGUCCUAUAUGGUCCGGUAUGAUACGGUACGGUAUGGUUUAGAAUUUUUUUGUCCACUUUUGCUACUUCAUACAAACAAAACAUAUGUUUUUUAGAUGGUAAAGUGAAACACAGCCGCUUUCUUGCCACUUUAUUUCAGCGUAAUGACCUUCCGCCAAUCAAUGGGUUUUGACAGAAGCUCUGACCUAACAGUCCGUUCCAUUUUGCUAUGAACCUGCAACCAACGGCCGCCCACAAAUGAUACAAAACUGCACUGUUCCACCGGUGGAAACGAGGCUAAUACUGACUUCAUUUGGUUGGAACCAGAAAUUAACCGAUUCUAUGAAUGACGUCACACUCACUCAGACCAGUUCUCAGAUACAGUCAAUGGUCAUAGCACAGACACUGCAGACCAGGUGUAAACUCUAUCCCUGUGCUUAGCUAGUGUUAAACUCCAGCAUGAAACUCUCUUCAGAGUUCAAAAACUUGUUCAGCCAAAUGAUAUGCAGAGUUUACCCGCCAUCAGCAACCCAACACUAAGGAUGACUGACAAAAAGGCCGUCUCAGUGGUAGAUGUUUUCAUAAAAAAUGCAUGAACAAACAUGACAUCCAUCCACUUUGUAGAAGGGAGAACAAGAAUUAACAAAACCACUGCAAAUAAAUCCCACAGGAGCAGGGAUUACACUUCAAGGCAUUUCUUUACUGUCAACUCAUCCCCAAAGAUUCAGAGUGUCACUACUGACUUUGAGUUGAGUCAUGUGGUAGGGCUUCUAUAGCUGAAAAUGAAGGAGGACAAACCGUCUUUAUAAACAUCUGCCACAGUUUUUCCCACAAGGAGUACAAAUCUUUCCGAUGGAAUUACAAACUUUUGAAAGUUUCCGGUUUGGUCUUUCCCUUUAACCAAACGUACGACUGGAAUACCAAUGGAAUACAACGUGGAAGGAGUCAGAAGGAAAAAAAUGGCCGACCUUUCCAAAACCUUUACCUCUGGGACGGUGGAUAUUUCCGGGAUCAUGCCAUUGAACUUUUGCUCUCUUGUCAAACAGCCUGCACACUGUCUCUCUCUCUGCAUCAAAAAGGGCCAAGGAACUUUAUUUAUCAGUUAUACUAGUAAUAACAGCGAUAACAAUAAUAUUAAGAGACUUCUUCUAAUAAUAUCAGGACUACUUUAGUUUCUCCAGACUGUCUUUGCUUCUGUUUGAGUUGCCAACCGUACCCUGGCUUCUCGCUUAGCUCUUCCUGAAUACACUUUACUGCGGUUAUAGAGAUUUAUGCCGAUAUUUAUACUGAAGUGAGAAGCGAAGAGGAACGCGGGGCGUUGUCAUGGAGAUCCACCACCAGGCCGGACGCAAGAACGACGAGUGACCGACUUCUGGACACAAACAGGGAGGCCUUUGUGUGUGCUGGUGGGUGGUGGGGGUGUGUGUGUGUGUGGGGGGGGGUUAUUUUAAAGGAAAUUUCACUUGAAUUUCAUCAUAAUUCUUUUCCUCUCUUGGAGUCACAUGAUAUAGAGACUUCAAAGGGUUGGCAUGAGCAGAGGCUGCUGAAUUUUACUGAUUAUGAUACGACUGUCGGCAAUGAAUUAGAGAAAAUAUGCAUGUUUGAUCAGAAAACAACCUUUACCUGCAUCACACACACAAACACACACAUAUACACAAAAGUACACGUCAGCAUAUUUACAGGUGAGAUGAACAGGUUCAGGUCAAACGUUCUGUCCAUUGGCUUCAAUCGGGACAUUGGCUUCAAUUAGACAACAAAUGUGUGUUUUUGUGAAUUCCUUACGUGUUUUGCUAUAGCAGGCACUGACUAUGCUUUUCGCCGUCCCAAAAAUGUCAAGAACCAAGUAUAGGAAGGAACUCAAUGAUGCAACAUCUCUCUGAAAGUGUCUCCGUCCAUCAGAACGGUAGAGAACGGUACUUCAUAACGGCUGGACUGGACAUGCAGCGUUUUAGAGGCACCACAAUUAUAGAAACGUUAGACAAGUACAGAUAAAAACUCCAAAAAUGAGGAUUAUUCCUUUAACUCUAGAGUUACUGCAAGUUUUAGCCCAUUUAUGCGAUCAACGUAAUUCCAAUGAAGCGGAGAAAAGCGGCUUUGCAUAUCGGUGUCGCUUUUCUCAUCAAUUUCGUAAACACCUCACUACUAUAAAGUGUUGCGUGUCUCACAAAAGGCUUUUCUCAGCCUCACAAUUUCACAAUUGUGAAAAACGUUUGUAGAGUUACAGCGAUUAUGUGUGCGGCUCUUUGGGCCUUUCAUUGUGACUCUCUGGUUGAAGAAAAUUUAAAUGUUUUCUCAUUUUAAAAAGUUCAUAGUCGUAUUAAAACAUCUUUGAAAGACUGCAUACCACCAAUCUCCAGGUCAGUAGCACAACCAGGAUUCACACACGCCAGAUUAUUGUAAAGCGGACUGUUUCAAUGGUUUUGAUUGAGCCAUUUGGUCCGAAAAACACAGUAAGGGUCACUCGGAUUUAAUUCUACAUAGAUAAGUUUAUGAAUUUCCACCAAUUACUAUAAAAUAAACUAAUUACUGCUGACAUUAAACUACCUACUACAAUAUUUACUGCAUUGAGAUGAUCCUUUGUCUUUUAUUUUGAAAGGGAGUCAAGUCAAGAGUUGAAACCUUUUUCAUAUCUAGAAAAAAACGAUAUUUUUUUUUGUAAAUUUGCAUUUAAUUCAUGCACAAGAACAAUAAACAAAACCAGGGGUGUCAAAAUCCUCACUACAAACUUUAUUCACUUUUCUCAGAUGCACAUGAACACUUUCACACUUUUUAAACCCUCAAAGUUCAAACAUUCGAAUGAAAAUGAAUCUACUUUUAUAGAAUGAAAUCAGAGUUCUGAUCCUGAUUGAAGAUUUAUGUAGAUUUGAAAUACUGAAGAUCUUCUGCACACAGAGGAGAUUGAUUAACACGAUCUACAGCCAAUCAGGACAAAGACACAAUGCACUGUUAAAGAAAUCAUCAUGAAUAAUUGUACUAAAAAAUGUGCAAAAAAAAAGUGAAACCUCGAGAAACACAAGAGUAAAGUAAAAUCCAUCUGCAUUGACCUUCCAUGAAAUGAUGCGAUACUUGAAUACUUGAAUUGACCUAAGAUAAGCAGUACUGGAGUGAUUUUCUAUCAGAUGUUAUCGACCGGUUGGUCAGACCUGCCGCCUUUUCUCGGUGUCUCUGACAGCAAAGGUGGACGUGUUUACCUCUAAACUCAAAAGAUCGUAGCGUUCAAACUGAAUAAAUAUACUUCUAAUCCCUACAAACUCCUCCCUUCAACUCAAGACGGAAACAGAACAAGCGAGAACCAAAGGGAGUAGAGGGGGGAGGAGAGGAGGGGGAUCUGGAUCCCUCUUAGUUGCCAUGGCAACCAGCCUGCAUGUCACCACCCGGUAAUGAGGGCCACGUUGUGCCACGAGGUUUGACAAUCAACCGCCCCUCGUCAAUGACGACGACUGCGGAUCAAACGCCGCGCUGACAUCUGGUUCGGAGCGUGUCAUGUGACCUGACGUGUGUGUGGGGGGGGGGGAUCAAUCACUCCCAUAAAUCUCCUCCAGAGGAUGCUGUCCGGGUCGGCUGCGUGUCGUUUGUGGAUCGAUCCGCUCCAGAAUCCAUGAUUAGAUUCUGCUGAGCCCCUGACUGAUGGCCAUCGAUUCACUCAGAAGGGGGCGGGGUUUCAAACCCAGAGCGGUUCUGACUUUAGCGGCUCAGGAAUCAGCGCAGGUGAAGGGAAUUGGUGUCCUCCAGAGACGGUGGAGGCCCUCUCGUACAGAUAGGACACAGAAGUGAUGAAGGAACCGCCGCCGACCAUCUGAUGCAUUAUUCACACGGACCUGUGACCACUGACCAGCUGCAGGUCGGCUGUGAAUGGAGACGUUCAGCCUGAAGGCCACUUUAAUGACACUGUGAUCUCUGCGAUGCUAAUCACACCAACACACGGCGCUAAUAGUCUCCUGUGGCUUCAGGCUGCCUCCACGGCAACUGAGGACAACAGCCUGUUUCUGUCUGUGUGUGUCUGUGUGUUUGUGUUACUGCACGCACAAACCAGCACCUCAACAACAUGCUCCACUCUGCUCACUUAUUUCACAGUAAAUUACAGGAAAAGAUGGAUUCUCAACCCUUUACCACCAGGUCUUUAGCUCAGUGUUGAUGUUCUGAAUGAUCACAACUUUUUAACUAUUUAACGUAAAGCUUUACACUAUUAUGAACUUUACUUUUUGUUACUUAAAAAAAUUGAUAUCUUGUUUUGUUUUUUUAAAUUCAAUGUUUUUUUAUGUAAAGCACUUUCAGUAAGAUGAGUUGGGAAAGUGCUUUACAAAUAAUGUUUGAUUUGAUUUGAUUUAUUUUAAUUUGAUUUAUUUUAAUUUAAAUUGACUAAACUAGACUUGGUUUGACAGGAUUUUGAUUUAAUUUGACUUGACUAGACUAGGCUGUGCUUGGCUUGGCUCGACAAGGCUAGGCUAGACUAGACUAGACUAAACUUGGCUUGGCUCAACUAGGCUAGACUUGGCUAGACUAGACCAGUCUUGGCUAGGCUAGGCUAGACUAGACUAAACUAGACCUGGCAAGGCUAGACUAGACUAAACUUGGCUUGGCUUGGCUUGGCUAGGCUAGACUAGACUAGACUUGGCUAGGCUAAGCUAGGCUAGACUAGACCAGACUAAACUUGGCUUGGCUCAACUAGGCUACACUUGGCUAGACUAGGCUAGACUAAGCUAUGCUAGACUAGACUAAACUUGGCUUGGCUCAACUAGGCUAGACUUGGCUAGACUAGACCAGUCUUGGCUAGGCUAGGCUAGACUAAACUAGAUCUGGCAAGGCUAGACUAGACUAAACUUGGCUUGGCUUGGCUUGGCUUGACUUGACUUGACUAGGCUAUACCUGGCUAGGCUAGACUAGACCUGGCUUGACUAGGCUAGGCUAGACUUGGCUAGACUAGACCUGGCUUGGCUAGGCUGGACUCGACUAGGCUAGACUAGGCUUGGCUAGGCUAUACCUGGCUAGGCUAGACUAGACCUGGCUUGGCUAGGCUAGGCUAGACUUGGAUAGUCUAGACUAGACAUGGCUAGGCAAUUUUUUUUUUGCAGCCCCCUUACUGACCGACAGCGAAUCCUUGAAUUACCCUAACUCUUCAACUAUUUGUGCAAUUAAUAUAACUCCAACCGUUCUUUGAGCGGAGAAAUACAGUACGAAACGCCGCUUUUCUCGGCCUCAUUGGAAUUACGUUGUUUUUAUCACGUGUGAUUAAAAAGUGUCUUUGGAAACAGAAACAUUAACCUGAGCUUCUUUACAGAUUUAGCCAUCUUAAAUUUUAAUUAAAUUAAAAGUUCAACUCUCUUGAGACUUUUCUCAUUUUUUCCUGUACUUUGGGUUAGGACAAUGAAGAUAACAUUUUGGUUUUAUGGUGUGAACAUUGCUACUAACAUUUGAUAUACAUGUGGUUUACAUGAUAAACAAUCGAAAUAAUCCCAUCUCCUCUGUUUACCAAGUUGACGAAACAAAUUCUGAGAAUAAUUUUAAAAAUGUUGGUAUUUUCAAUUUUUUGCAUUUUAUCGAUUAUUAUAUCAAUGCAUUUUGUUAAAGAACAGGACAGAAACCCUUUGACCGGUCUGUUCAUCACACCAAAGCGCUUUGCACAAACACACGGUGACAUGAACAGGAUCUGGCGACAUUCAGGUUCCCCUCUCACUUUCUAAAGGGAUUUUUAGCUUUAAGAACGAAAACUGUCUCUUGUUUUUCUUAGUCUUUUGGAUUUCCACAUGGAUGAAUGUAUGUAUGAUGUGUUAUUUUUCUAGAAGCAGACGGGUAAUGCACGUUAUUGACUCUUUAAUAAAGGCAUCCCUGGAAACA